UUUGGACUUCAGUACCUCAUCGAUCGGCCAACAUGUCGGGUGCUGAUAACCAACGUCUGCCUCUCAAGGAGAAAUUCGAGCUGAUGCCCGAGACAUUGGGCGGCCAAUUUCGCAAGGAUUUCCCGCCUUACCUCGACGGACUCGUCAAAUCUUUCCCCCACCGAUACGUCACCACUCCGGAAUUUGCCAAAAAUGCCGAGGAUGUUUACAAUCUCAGUCCCAGGCCGGACGACGUCUACAUUUCGACUUUCCCAAAGUGCGGGACUACGUGGGUGCAGGAAUUAGUGUGGAUGGUCGUCAACGAUUGCGACUUUGAGAAAGGCAAGAAGGAGCAGCUGAGCAUCCGCUCGCCAUUUCUGGAGAUGAACUACAUGUUGCCAAUGAAACUGGCGGAGAAAUUCGAAAAGGAAGCCAUUUGCAGAAAGGCCAACUCACCGCUGGUCGACAAGAUCAUGGAGCUGCUCUGCUACUGGAACUUGAUGGACUGGCUCCGCCCUUUCAUCAGGAAAGCCAUCAGCUUAGUAUUGGGCGACUGCCUUCGCGAUCUGGAACAAAUCGAUCAAAUGGCCGGCCCGAGAAUUAUCAAAAGUCACUUGCCACUCUAUCUGUUGAACCCACAAGUCCUCAGCACCAGCAAGGUCGUUUACGUGGCCCGCAACCCCAAAGACGUCAUCGUCUCUUAUUAUCACUACCACCGGCUGCUGGAAUUCCAUCACUACACCGGCAACCUGGAAGCUUUCGCCGACUAUUUCAUGACGGAUAGAGUUUACAGUGCUCCGUUCUUCCCUCACUUGCUGGACGCCUGGAACAAACGGCACCAUCCCAACUUGCACUUUGUCUUUUACGAGGAUCUCAAACGGAAUCUCCGAGGGGAAAUCGUCAAGAUCAGUCAGUUCCUCGGCAAGAAGCUGAGCGACGAUCAAUUGACAAAGCUGACGGAGCAUCUGCGCUUCGACAAUUUCGCCAAAAACGAAACGGUCAACUGCGAAAUCGGCAAAGAGAUUGGAUUGAUGAAUAACUCGGGCCAUUUCAUCCGCAAAGGUAAAACCGGAGACUGGAAGAAUCAUUUCUCUCCGGAAUUGAACGAGCGGAUCGACGAGUGGAUGCGGAAGAAUUUGGAAAGCACCGAUUUGAGGUUCAUCACGGAGCUGGAGCAACAAGAUUAAAAAAACAAAACAAAAUAAUUGGCGCGGAAAAAAUAUGUGAAAAAUCCUUAUGCUGGUAUAUGGAUAUUUCGAGGGGACAUGCAGUUUUUUAUUUUUUUAUUUUUUAGAGGUGUGCAGUGCAUUUGCUAUAUCUCGUCAUAAUGUUUUUUUUAUCGUCUCACCUAUAUAUAAAUUGCGUAUCGGCGCAUUAUCUAUAUAGUUGACCCAUGCUGUUAUAUAACCUACUUUUAAAAUGCCCUUCUCUCCCUCUUUUACAAAAGAAGAAAAAUCAAUAACCGUUUUUGACCAAUUUCUUAUAGUGCCUCUUCAAUGACUAGCAUGUAGAUAGCCUCAAGGUACGACCUUAAUUCAUAUUCACUCGUUUCAAAUGUUCACAAUCAGACGACAUUUCGGCAUCAAGAAAUCAAAGGCAUUUAAAACUUCAUCAAAGGCUGAAAUAAUGUUAAAGAGAUUUUAUCGAUUGCAAUUUCAAUCUUUUCUUUUCGUGCGCCCUGUGUUUUUGAAACGACGACGCUGUGCUCAAUACAUUUUCUGUUCUAUCAUAA